AUGGCAGAAAACGAUUCGACUUCCCACACUUCAGCGACGAGACAAUUGUUGCAAGCCGUCUUUCCUAGAAGAAUUCUAGCUACUCAUUCCUUAACUGGAAAGCAGUCACCAGCGUUUGCGAAUAAACCACCGAAAAAGCAAUUGGACCCCAAAUUAGUAGACGAUAUUGUCAACACCGUCGCUGAAAGGUGCAAUGUUUCUAAAAGGAUUGUUAGGAGCUCCAUUACGACGAAAUGUUCGGACGAAGCAAAGUUAUAUAGAAAUCGUCAACGGUACAGAAAAAAGCGCGAACAACAAAACCGAGAGAACGUCCCGCCAUCUUCUGCGACAUCGGACGAAUCCACCACUGUUUGA